GGUCUGCACUGCUCAACGCUCAAAAUGCCUGGGUUACUUAAACUGCCACUCUCACUGCUUUAAGUGGAAAGUGUUGGACUAGGACAUAAACAUGUUCAACAGCAGACACCCCAGCCUUAGCAAAAGAGGAGGAAUAUGGGGAUUGUGCAUCCUCUUGCUUUACACCAGCCCUCUUUCCUGUUUUGCAAAUUUCAGCCAAGCAAAAGAGCUCGUCUAUAAGAUAAAGGAGGGAUUACCCAGGGGGACCUUCAUAGGGGCCAUUGGAGUAGACUUAAAUUUGGAUUUCACAGUUGAGCCCCCCUUUUUAUUCAGUCUCUCGCAAAAGAAGGUCAGUGAACAGUAUGUGAAUCUAAAUAAUACGACGGGGGAGCUUCACACAUCUGCUACAGAGAUUGACAGAGAGACCCUCUGUCCUGAUAACGCAGAGGGACAGGGAUGUGUCCUCUCGCUGGAUGUGUUUGUGUUGCCUCAGCAGUACUUUCAGCUCAUAAAAGUUAAGAUUUUAAUUGAGGAUGUGAACGACAACAGGCCAAAGUUCCCCGUGGAUGAGAUCUGUAUGUCUGUCCCUGAAAACACGCCCGUCAACGCUCGUUAUGCAGUGGAGCAGUCUGCAGUUGACCCGGACCUGGGUGUUCACGGAGUGCAGACCUACUGGCUGGUUAACGACUUUGGUGUGUUCACACUGGAUGUUGAGGAGAAUGAGGGAGGAGAGCUCACACCCUUCCUCAUUGUGACAGAGGCCUUGGACAGAGAGACACAGUCUGAAUACAUUACAGAUAUCAUUGCAGAGGAUGGAGGGACCCCUCCUCUACUCGGCGCAGCUACUUUAAAAAUUGUCAUCACAGAUGUGAACGAUAACUGCCCCCAAUUCACAGAGUCACAAAUUAAUGUCACUCUGCAUGGGAAUGCUACCAAAGGGGCACAUUUGGCACGUUUGCAUGCUUUUGACCCUGACCUUGGUGCUAAUGCUCAGAUCAGCUACGCUUACAGUGAACGUGUGCCAAGGGACACCAGGAGCUUGUUCCAUUUGGACAGAAUCACUGGGGUGAUCAAGCUAGCAGGGAAAAUAAACACUGUCACAGCCACAUUUUACAAACUCACCGCUCUGGCUAACGGACCUGGUUGUAUCCCUGCUGUCGCCACUGUUACUUUCCAUAUCAUCAAAGUUGUCACUGGACCCCCUGCUGUCAUACCUCGGUACAUUGCACCAGAAAAAGAUGGGGUAGUCACAAUAAAGGAGUCUGAGCCAGCCUUUUCUCCAAUUGCUUUUUUUACUGUUAAAAACAUUGAUAUGAACCAAAGGGUGGACUGUUAUUUGGAAGGGACUGGUCCCUUCAGGCUUGGUCCCUAUCAGCUGUUCAAAAAUGAAUACCUGCUGGAGACUACAGAGCCCUUGGACUAUGAAAAGAUAAAGGAAUAUGAGCUAAUUGUGGUUGCUAAGAAUACUCAAGGACUUGUCAUCAAGACAUUCCUGAAGGUGCAGGUGUUGGAUGAGAAUGAUAACGCACCAGUGUUUCAGCAGUCUCUGUUGGAAAUAUCUGUUGAGGAAAACAAUCCACCAAACACUUUUCUAACCCAGCUCCAAGCCUCGGACCAGGACAGCGAAAGCCGAGGGGAAGUCAUCUACCUCCUUGGAGGUGACGCCCCCGGGAUCUUUGUUGUGGAUCGUGUGACAGGUGUCCUGACUGUGGCUACAUCACUGGACCGUGAGGAGAAAGAGACAUACCGGUUCAUAGUGAGAGCAGUGGAUCAGGGGACACCCAGGAGGGAGUCAAUUGCAACUGUGGUGGUGAGCGUGCAAGACCGCAAUGACAACAGUCCCCGCUUCAUCAAUAAGGACUUUACUUUCUUCGUGCCAGAGAACUUCCCAGGGUACGGUGAGAUCGGUGUCCUCUCUGUGACGGAUGCUGAUGCUGGGGAAAAUGGCUGGGUGGCCCUUUCCAUCCUCAACGGCAGCGACAUCUUCAUGAUUGACACAGGGCGGGGGGCGCUGAGGGCCAAGACAUCACUGGACCGGGAGCAACAAGGGACAUACCAGCUGUGGAUUGAGGCCGUCGAUGGUGGGGAGCCCACGCUUUCCUGUGUUACCAUGGUGACCGUGCUGUUGUUGGAUGUAAAUGACAACCCGCCUAUUGUCCUCUUCCCUCAGUCCAAUCAGUCCUACAUGCUAGUGCUACCCAAUACGUUACCAGGAACAUCAAUCACAGAGGUGUACGCUGUGGAUAAAGAUACAGGCAUGAAUGCUGUGAUCGCCUAUAGUAUCAUUAAGAGGAAAGGUGGCGAGCCAGGGUCAUUUGCCAUAGACCCAGAAACAGGAAAUAUCACAUUAAAGAGGGAACUCAGCAACCGGGGCCUCUACAGCCUUCUGGUGAAGGUCAGUGAUCAUGGUCAGCCUGAGCCACUUUACUCAACUGUCAUGGUUAACUUCUUUGUCAAUGAAACAGUGAGCAAUGAGAGUUACAUCCAGAGCCUGCUGACCAGAGAGGCUGACAUAGAGAUAGAGGAGAGGCCCUGGUACACUGGCCAAAUGACAGAGGGGCCGGAGAGGUAUGAGCUCUUCCCCUGUCAGCCUGUCCUCAUUGCUCUUUCAGUGACAUGUCUGGGGCUUUUUUUCUUGGUUGUUACACUGACAUCUUACAUAUGCUGUAAGAGGUUUAAAAAGCACAGAAAGAAAAGAUCAGAAGUGGAAAUACCUUUAAAAAUGAAGGAUGACUCAAUGCAGGUUGUGAACCGAAAGCUCAGGCAGAUCUCCAACAUCUAAUAUUCAGCUGUCCACGCCUCCAAAAACCACCACUGUUUACAUGAAUGUUUACAAAGCUCACUGUAAGAAGUGUAGUUCUUACAUGAGGUUGCUCUUUUUGCUUUUGUCAUAUGAAUGUUAUUACUUGCAAUAUAUUAUGAUUUGACCCACAUGCCCAUGAGUUUCUGUCAUUAAUAAGGGCACACAGUACCGUCCUCUGUUCCACUUUUUAUCAUUUCUAUGAUCCAUGACACUUACGCAUAUGUAAAGUAUCAGAAAACCAAAGUAAUUAAUGAAUUAAUAUUGGUGUGAAAGUACUAACAGCUUUAUAACAAAGUCAUGAGAGCAACUUAAUCUAAGGUCCUAUGUAAAUAUUGUACAAAAAACUUUAUAUAAAACUUUUGCAUUGGUAUGAAAAAGACAAAACACAUUUCAAGACACAGCAAAUGUUUCUUUCUUCAUCUCUUUACACCAACUGUAACAAUUACAAACAUCAUAAAGAAGUGAUUACUCUUGGAAGUUGGAUACAUCUUGAAUAAAGUAACCAAACACAUUUCAAAUUUGGUAGAAACAAGAAUCAAAAUGUAUUACUUUAUUUAAAGCAGGGUCAUCCUUUUAUAUUUGGAGAGCUCACUCUGUCAAUAUACAUUGAAUUCUAUGCACACUAUGCACAAAUGCCGUCAAAGCAUUCGGCAUAACAAACAUGGCAAUUCAUUUCGGAAUCUGAAAACAGUCGUCAAAUUUCUGUGUGACGUCUUAGAGCCAUGGUUGGUAACCACAUGCCCUACUUCCUGUGAAAGCCGACCGAUGGUGUACUGUAUAUAAAACCUUCAAAUUCCAUCUCAGCAUGGCAAAGAGUCCCAUAUUUUCACACUAAAUAAUUUGUUUCUUCAUUGUCAUACAUCUGCUUUGAGAUACAUAUGUCAUCCUCCUCUAUACAAUCAUGCAAUUUUCAAUGUGUCUGUGAAAACAUGCUAAGUAUCUGUGAAAGAAAAUCAAAGUAACUAUUAAAGAUGCUUUAUUUUUUAUAAUACUUUGGAUUUUUUUUCUGUAUUGAUAUCACCUGCAUGAAUUUUCAGAAGUGUGUGUAUAAGAUCUCAUAUACACAAAUGUGACAUUUAGUAAGGUUUGAAGGUGCAAUCUAUUUUAGCAUCCACUCUCAGAUUGGUUGUCAGGUUGUUUCAUGAACACAAAUAUCACCAAACAACAGCUAAAUCUAGUUUACACAUCUUCUGAUGCUGCUUAAAUUGUAUUUAUAUGGAUUCUCUUUGAAAGCAGAGCAAGAAAACGGGCCUAUACUUCGGAUUAUUAUAAACUGACAAACACACAAAAUUCAGAAUUUUCUAUUUGUGAUUCAAACUCUGCUAUUCUGUAUGUGAAUAUCCCUCAAAUGUGUGGUAUGUGGUCUAUUCAGUGAGAAAAUCUUUCAGUAGUGUAUGAAUCAUUACGUGUAGUAAGUAUAUUGAUACAAAUAUU